AUGACUUUUCCGCCAAACUUUCUGCAAGGUGGCCGCUUGAGUUCUCGGGCGACAACCCGGAACCAGCGUCCUAGUCGGCACGGUGAAAUGCAGUGUCGUUCACAGUCGUCAGAUACGAGCAACUGGCUAGAGACGCUCUGGCAGCUAGCGACGUGUCGCGUGUACCCGCAGGCUACGGCAGACACUGCCUCGGCGUCGACGGCCUUGCUCUGGCUCACGAUACCGAGCGCAGUGAACUCGACUGCCGACUCCAGACACCCCGCGUCAAGUGAAGCGCGAGUCCAACAAGCAGCUGCGGAAAAACUAGAGGCUCUCGUCGAACACGUUAUUUGCAACGGUGGACUCCUGAGUGUCCCGUCGUUCGAUCGGACAACAGCCGCAGAGGCAACGCCAAGCAUCGAGAACCUCCGGGAAUGGUUGCUCAGGGGUACGCUUCCUCGUCGAAUGCUACGGGCGCUCGCUUCCUUGGCGACUUGCGAGCCGCGAGAGGCCACCUGUUUACUGCUCCAGCAACUCCAGCAAUGCAGCGAGCAUGUCCCGUUGGCGUCUGUGCACGUCUCCGGUGCACUGGUUGAACUCGUUACCGCCUUGCAACAGCUGAUUCGUUUCCGACUCAAGUUCGAGUCCUGCUGCCAGUGUCUUCUCCAGAUGCACGAGCGUGCUUGCCGAGCAUAUGCCGUUUCGCGUGCUCGCGAUGAAAACGAUCCAGGGACAGGCACGCCUGGGCAUUGUUCUACGUCUUCGAUGCCAGUCGUGACGGAGCAUCUCAGUGCAUCGACACAGCGCUUUGUUGAGACGGCCGACUCCUCGGAUGCUGCACGCCGAAGCGAUCGAAACGCGGUAGCAGCAUCUGGAGCAGCGCUUGGUUUACGGAUACCGUUGCCGUGGCAUGUCGAAGCUUUCGGAGACGCUGCCAACGACGGAGAAUCGUUCUGGUAUGAAGACGUGUGCGAUGUCUAUCGGGGAGCGCUUGGCACUACGGAUGCAUGCUUCCAUGGGUCCGCGGUACAGCGUCUACCCGCUGGAGCCACAUCUGCUGCAAAUCGUACGGGGUAUCUCGGGGGCAUCCAUGCAACGGAAUUCAAUGCUCGCAACCCGGAGCAAGGAAUCCUCCGGCGGCCGCUUUCGAAAGCGCUUCCAUCGUCGGCUGUGGAGCUGUGCACUCCGCGGGAAGCUCCCGGCUUGGAUGAUGAGCGCUCAAGCGUAGCAUCCCAGAUCUCAGAAUCUGUUGAUCAGAAGGAUCUCGCGCAGCAGCAGCAGCUGACGAUCCCGCCAACCAGAUCGCGUACUGCUCGUGCGUUCUUCAGGACGGUACUUGCUCGCUACGGUGAGGGGUUUCUGAUGGAGCAGCUGAGCACGGGCUCUGGGACGGGCAUGGUUGGUAGCGAGCGCCACAAACUCUCGCGACACGCUGAAGCUAUCCUCAUCCAGCAUUACGAAUGCGUCAGCAUCUAUCCAUCAGCAGCAGAGCGUGAGCAGUUAGUCAACAGUACAGGACUCACUCGCAAGCAAAUCUGUUGGUGGUUUUCGAACCGCCGAAUGCGAGAGAAACGAGGUCGCCUCGGUUCCAAGCGAUAUAUUCAACGAGCGCUGUGA